GUAACAGGACCUUCGCAGCGGUACAGUAUGUAUACAGCUUCAUUGAACUACCUUCAAAUAACCUUUCCUACAUGUAAAACUAUUAUUGCAUGAUUCAUGAAAUUAAUAAUAAUAAAUCUUCUGAAGGUUGCUUAGACAAAAUGAAACUUUCAGCCGUCCUUUUUCUCAGUGCCGUCUCCACGGUGCUGGCAGGGAAGACCCUGGUGUUCCCCACUCAGACCAGUACCAGUUAUGUUGAGAUGACCCCUCUGAAACCGCUCAAUCUGAGUGCCUUCACCCUGUGCAUGCGUGUGGCCACAGAGCUCAGCGGUGAACGUGAGAUCAUCCUCUUUGCGUACCAGACUGAAAACUCUGAUGAGCUCAAUGUGUGGCGCGAGCUGGACGGCAGGUUGUCCUUCUACUUGAGUGGAGAUGGUGUUUUAUUUAAUACUCCUGAGCUCGGUCCCAUGGAGACCUACCUGUGUUUCACCUGGGACUCCAGUUCAGGUACGGCUGCCGUCUUCGUGGACGGGAGGAAAAGCUUGACCAAAAUGUACAAGAAGGGUCACGUUAUCCUUGCCGGAGGCAAGGUCGCCCUUGGACAGGAUUCGGACAGAUACUUUGGUAACUUUGACGCCAAACAGAGUUUUGUUGGGGAGAUCAGUGAUGUCAAUAUGUGGGACACUGUCCUCUCAGACAGCACGAUCCGAAAAAUGUUCUAUGGGAAGAAAGUAGAGAGAGGAAAUGUUUUUGACUGGGAAAGCACAGAGCUUGAAAUCAAUGGGGACGUGGUAGUUGUUAACCGUAAACUGUAACUUUACACGACAUGCUGGAGUAAUGUCAUAAUGUCAUAAUGUCAAACAAGGCAAUAUAAAGCUCUGCAGCCAAUGGAAAUCAGUGUAGCCACAUUACAUGUAUGUGUGUAUACGUUAUGUGAAGUAGAUGAUUUGUUGAUUAAAAUGCAUCUGUGCACCAAUAUCUAAUAAAAACCUAUAGUGACAAUGUCUGUACAUAAUAAUAAUCAGUACUCACCUAACAUAUACAAAAGACUGGACCAUUAACCAGGGAAAGUGCAACUGCUCUGAUGCUCCUGAAGCUCCAGUCUUACUGAGAAUGAACUGAUUUGUGCUCAUUUAAUAGAAAUUGUGUUUGGGAAUAUGCACAAUGGAACCGGUUUCUAAGUGGGGCCCCCAGAUGAGGGGAAAUGCUAAAUAACAAAAAUAGAAAAACUUCUACAAAUCUGCUACAAACUGAUACAAACUGAUACAAAAUAAAAGUUUUUUAAAAAACA